GCAUUGCUACAACCCGGAGAUCCAGAAGAUGAACGACAUCGACACAUGCGCGGUGAUGUUCAAGUACGAAAAUGGCAUGCUGGCCAUGGUUGACACCAGCCGCGAUGCGGCGUACGGUUAUGACCAACGCAUCGAGGUCUUCGGGGAGAAGGGAAUGCUCACGGCCCACAACGAGCUCACGAGCACCGUGGAACUCGCCACGACGGAGGGGCACCUCCGUCCGGCCGCCAUGUACAGCUUCCCGCAGCGCUACGUGCAGGCCUACCACUCCGAGCUGACAGAGUUCAUCGAACUGGUGCGUGCCGGCCGCGGCAGCGAGGCUCACGCGUUGGAGCAGGUAGCCAUGCUUCGACACCCCAGCGUGGUGCGCGCCACUUUGGCCGCCGAACUUUCGUGGAAGCUCAAACGCACCGUGCAGCUCGCAGAGUUGGACAAGCUCUGUGCAGCAGGGUCCUCCAGUUCGGAGACGGACAGCCCUGGCAAUGGCCCCGUGAAGAACAUGUUCGGCGACAGCUUCCGAAACUACGAAACCUCGCCUCGCCAAGAGUCUGUGGCUGCAACCUACGGCCUCAUGCACCGGAAUCAAACGGUGGAGUUCGUGCAGGAGCAGCAGGAGAAGUGGCUGAAGUUCAACAAGGGCGAGUUCACAGUGAUGGAGGUGAUCACCAUGCUCGAUGAGCUCGUGGACGACUCCGAUCCUGAUGUGGACAUCCCAAACAGCAUUCAUGACUUCCAAACUGCAGAGCGCAUUCGCGAGCAGUGGCCUGGGGAGGAAUUUGACUGGUUCCAUCUCGUGGGCCUCUUGCACGACCUGGGCAAGGUGAUGGCCUUGCCGAAGUUGGCGGGGAAGGACGCGCUGCCGCAGUGGGCCGUGGUGGGAGACACCUUUCCGGUCGGCUGCGCCCCCGCCGAAGAUGCGGUCGUGUUCCCAGAGGCAUUUCACGACAACCCUGACUACAAGCAUCCCGUCUUCGGCACGAAGAAUGGAAUGUACAAGCCGGGAUGCGGCAUCACGAAGCUGAUGUUCUCUUGGGGCCAUGACGAGUACAUGUACCGGAUGCUGAAGUUCAAUGGCUGCACCAUCCCCGAGCAUGGUCUGAACAUGAUCCGCCUGCACUCCUUCUACCCUUGGCACGACAAAGGGGCCUAUGCCCAGUUCGAGAGUUCGGAGGACGCCGAGACGAAGAAGUGGGUGAAGGAGAAGCUCAAGCCGUACUAUGCGUGCCUGUGGCGUCGAUGGUACUGCCCAGUGAUUUCGCUGUGGUUGGUGCUGGUCUAG